CUUCUUUGUAAAUCUCCAUGGAAUCAAAUGCUCAUCCAUUACAAAACCCAAAAACCAAUUCCGUGAAAUCAUCGAAAGAGAGAGAUUUCCUGAAUCAUCUCGAAGCCUACCUCGCCAAGAGAGAUGGCGUCGACAAGCUCCUCAAGAUCUUUCGAUUCGCAUCCAAGAUCAUCCUCGUUUCCUCGGUGCUCCCCGAAACCCUCCCUCUAAGCCGUCGUCUCAAGAGCUUCGAAUCGAGUGUCAGCGUUAGCCGUAAAGCCUUUGGAUUAGGUAAAUUCGUUCAGGAUUUGAACGCUCUGAGGAACUUGAAUUUCGAUUCUAAUGAAGAGUUAAUCCUUUCCGUCCUCGCUUACGGGGGUGAGACUCUGUAUUACUUCAUCGAGCAGUUUGAUUGGUUGGCCAAAGUGGAUCUGAUCGACAGUAAGCACUUGUCAAGGCUAUAGAAAAUUAGCUCUUGAGCGGAGUUCAUCGAGUAUUUCGGUAGUAUUACUUUGAAAACUAGGGAUCUGAAGAAGAUUGAUGAGGAAGAAGGUCGACUAAAAUAUAGGAUCGAGAUUGCGGCAUUGAGAGGUGAAGGGUAUAGCAAGGAAGCGACAGAGAUGCAAAAACUAGAACCUAAGAGAUUGAUGAAGAAGCUAUUGAUUGUUCAAGAUUUUGCGGAUGGAUUGAUGGCGUUCUCAGAUAUGCGGCACGGAAAGGGGUUUCUUUUGAGUCCACUUCUGUUAGCUUUUGUAGGGUCUCUUUCAGCUUUCAUUAGUACUCACAAGAUUGGUUGUCGUGUUAAACUGGUUGGCCAUUCGCUGCUUCAGGCACGACUGCACUGGAACUACCUAAUUCGUUGUUUUCAUUUUUCUUAUUUUUGA